CCAAUGUCACUUCAAACCUACUUCAAACCUUCAAAACCUUCAAAACUUUCAAAACCCCGUAAACACCCACAUCCAAGUCACUUCCAAAACCAAAAUUCUAAAUCUUUCCAAGCCCAAGGCACUCACAGAAUCUUCUGUGAAAAAAUUGGUGUUUCCAAAUACGCAGUCAGCCUCGGCCGGAAAUAACCUUCUAAAGAUUAAGGAAGCUAUUAAGCAGUCGAAUGUGUGUACUUGGGUGCAUGACAAAUAAGAGGUGGGAGCUGGACGAGAAGGAUAUACCUGAGCUCAUAGAGUUUGUGAAGCAGUGGGCGGAAAGGGAGGAGUGGGAGUUUGAGUACCAUUUUGAAGUAGUGGAUAUGUACGCGAAUAUGCUUGAUAGGUGCCCAGUCCCUUUCUCGGUGAAGAAUUGUAAUAAUUUGGCGGAGUAUAAUUAUGAGAAAGAUGAGUUUUUGGGGUAUGAAGCUUCGAGUGUUCCGAUAGAAACAUGGAAGAAGCUGAAGAGAUACCAAAAAGAAGGCAUUAAAUUUGCAAUCAAACACAAUGGGAGGAUCUUAUUGGGUGACGAAAUGGGAGUUGGUAAAACCCUUCAAGCAAUAUGUAUCGCAGUGGUUUAUCAUUCUGAUUGGCCUUUAUUGAUUAUAUGACCUAGUUCUCUCAAACUCAACUGGCAAGAUGAGUUACUAAAAUGGAUUCCAGAAGGAGAUGAGGGAUUUAAUAUAAAAAAAGAAAAUAUCCAAAUCUUACAUAAGAACAAGGACAGUUUUAAGGAGGAUAAAAUGAUCUAUAUAAUAUCUUACGAUAUUGCUACAAACAAAGGAGAAGAAAUCAGUCAAAUGCAAUUUAAAGUAUGAUUAUGUGACGAAGCUCAUGCUCUCAAAUCUCGGGAGAGUAAGAGAUCCAAACAGCUUCUACCUCUGUUAGAGCCAAUUAAAAGAGUUGUGCUCAUAUCAGGAACACCUCUGUUGUCGAGGCCAUGAGAGCUUUAUAAUUUAGUCAGGAUUCUCAGACCAGAUGUCUUUAGAAAAUUCAGUGAUUUUGGAGAAAAAUAUUGUGAUGCAAGGUUAAAGACAAUCUUUAUCGGUGGCAGAGUCAAAACUAUCAAUGAUUUUAAUGGAGCUUCCAACCUUGGGGAGCUAAACUACUGGCUUUCCAAGCAUAUUAUGAUCAGGAGGAUGAAGAAGGAUGUCCUUAAGGAACUACCUCCCAAGAAUAGGAUAAAAUUGAAUGUAGAAAUCUCUUCAAAAGAUAAGAAAUAAAUUAGAAAAAUUACUGAAAGAAAGCGACCAAAUGAAACAGAAGUAUGAAGAAAGCCAUGGUAAAAAGAUGGAUACACAUGAAUUCUUGAUCAUGGUCCAGACUGGGGGUAUGAAGAAUGAUGAUAUGGAACCCUCUAGUGGGAACCCAGCUUCUGAUUUGUAUAAAUUCACUGGAUCUGCAAAAGUAGAAGGAGGGUUUAAGUUCCUUGAAAACCUACUUGAAAAUGGUAUAAAAUUCCUUCUCUUCUGACAUCAUAAGGAUGUUUUGAAUGCAUAUGAAGAGAAACUCAAAAAGAAAAGAAUCGGUUAUAUGAGAAUUGAUGGAUCAACUUCUCAAACAAAGAAGCAUUCGAAUAUUGAAUUCUUUCAAAAUGAUAGGAAUUGAAAGAUAGCUCUCCUUUCUAUUACUGCUGCUUAUCAAGGGAUCACCUUGCAUUCAGCAAAUGUUGUGGUAUUUGCAGAAUAUUACUGGACUCCUGGAAUUAUCAACCAAGCAGAAGACAGAGUCCAUAGAGUCGGACAAAUGGCAUCAAACGUCACUAUAUAUUAUCUUCACUGUGAGAAAUCAUUAGAUGGACCUAUUGCUAAAUACAUCAUGUCAAAGGCUGAGAUUUCUUCAAACACACUUGAUAACUCUAAAUCUGAAUAUGUAAUCAAGAGACAGAACAAAUAAGUCAAUUGAACAGCAAAUUAAGCAACAAAGAGAAGAAAGAAAAGAGAUUGAUAACAAGCUCAGCGAGAUGAAAGCCAAGAAGAAAGGAUCCAUGCAUGCGUAUCUUCAACCUCCUAAACCAGAAACUGAAGGUACCCUAGCUCCUAAGCGAAGUACUGAGUGAACUAUAAACUCAGAAGAUAUCUCAGAAUUUGUCAAAAAUGAUCAAGAGGUUUCCCAAGAGAAGUCUGUUUGAGUAAAUCAUCUCUCUAUUGAUGAAAAUCUUGAAGGAGAACCUGAAAAUUACCCAGAAGAUGAUCUAGAAGAUGAUCUAGAAGAUGAUCUAGGAGAUGACCCAGGAGAUGCCCUCGAACAAGAUGUUCAAGAAGACCUCAAAGAACUUAGAGAAGAAAUGCAGCAAAAUAAAGAAGCUCAAAAAGAAGAUCAACAGGAGCUUAUAGCCCAAGAUCAGCCUAAUGAAGAGAAAGAAGAGAGUAAGAGCAAUAAAGAGGAAAAUGAGCAUAAAGAGGAAGAAAAAUAAUCAUCAUUCAGGUAUUAAACAGUCCACUGUUAAAAAGAAAGCACUUGACGAGAUCUCUCCCUUUCAAGUUCAAAGUUCAAUCACGUUUUCUGAGUUUGUAUCAAGUGUGAAGAAGGAAAAAAAUAAGGUUAAUAAUAUCCCUCUUUACGAAGAAGUUAUGAUACAAGAGGAAGAAAAGGAGAUUAGCAUUUCUCAAGAAUUUGAUAAUAUCUCAGAUGGCGAUAUCAGCAGCAUAAAAUCCAAAGAUAUUGAGUUAAGCCAAUCUAUACUGAAGAGUCUCAAGUCUGAGAGCGUACAUAUCAGUGAUAUCAGCCAAGCAAUGGAUGAUGUCGAGGCACAACCCAUCGAAAUAAAAGUUCAAGAAAUUGAGGUAGAAGAAGCAGAAAAAGCUAACGAGGCGCAUGAAAAGGAAAGGAUAGCAGAAGAUAUCAAUGAUUUAGAUCUGAAGGAUAUCUUUACAGAGGAUGAUGGCUCCUCAAAUAACUUCGGGAGUAGCAUCUUCAGUGAAAAUGAGCUGGUUAAUAAUCAGAAUCAGCCUAAAGACAGACCCGAUUCAGAGAUUGACUUUGAUGAUAUCACCUUAUCUCAUAAUGAUAGUCCAGAAAUCACUUCUGAGUUAUUCAGGAGUGAUGAAUUCUUUUCAGGAUGAAAGUCCAAGAGAAAAGAGCAUGAGCUGGGCCUCAAUGCCAACAUUGGCCCUAAGAUGGUUAAAAGAUACUAAUCCUUAAUUCCAAUAAAAUGCAGAUAUCUUGGG